GGGGGGGGUGGGGAGGCCUCGAUCCGCGGCCCCUCCUCGCCUGCAAGGCGGCGGGCGUUCCUUCCCUUAAGAAAGAAAUUGGCAUCAAAGCCAGGAGAACCUUUGAGUCCUGUUGGCAGCAGAGAUGGAGAAGAGAGUGAAGACGGAAGAGGAGGACUUUGCUGCCCCUGAGGCAGGAAAAGGGCCCCGUAUCAUCCAGGAAGGGAGCAGUGCAGAGCCCUGGGAAAGGACAGUGCAGGAGAACCAGCCUGGGAGCAACCCCAGCUCAGACGCAGAACGCCAGCACUUCAGGGGGUUCUGCUACAAGGAAGGUGAGGGACCCCGAGAGGUUUGCAGCCGACUCCACCACCUUUGCUGUCAGUGGCUGAAGCCGGAAAGGAACACAAAAGCUCAGAUGCUGGACCUGGUGGUCCUGGAGCAGUUCUUGACUGUCCUACCCCCGGAGAUGGAGAGCUGGGUCAGAGAAUGUGGAGCGGAGACCAGUUCCCAGGCGGUGGCCCUGGCAGAAGGCUUCCUCCUGAGCCAGGCAGAGGACAAAGAACAGGUUCAGGGAAUGUUAGCCAAAGCAGCCACGGAUUUCCCUGAGGCAGAGAAGGCUCCGUCGGACACGACACAGGCACCAUUGUUCAGGUGGACCUUCCAGGAGGGUGAUGGAGGUCCCAGCUUCCUGGGAAAUGGAAUGACCUGCAGAGAGAGUGAACUGACACUGGAGGUUCCUUCUAGGCCUCCUCCGCCUCUUCUCUAUGGUGGAAUAGACACAGCUUCUAUGCAGCCGCAACAGGGUCCGGUGACCUUUGAGGAGGUGGCUGUGCAUUUCACACCAGGGGAGGAGUGGGCUCCGCUGGAUCCAGGCCAGAGGGCUUUGCACAGGGAUGUCAUGGAGGAGAAUCAUGGGAACCUGGUCCCUCUGGCUGACGGGAGGGACAGCAAUAAAAAUGAUGUCCACCAGAGAAUGAAAACUGAAGACGAUGAGAAGUGGGGGAACACGUCCAGUUCUUUCGUAGGGCCUGAUUUCCCCAUACCAGAAGAACCUUUUCAAGCCAACGAAAGCAAUAUUCAUAAUGGGGAGAAACUCUGGAAAUUCUCUGAGUGUAGAAAAGGUUUCCCUGAAGAAAGAAACUUUACUGACUGUCAAAGAAUUCACACAGAAGGGAACACAUUUCAAUCCUUGGAAUGCGAAAAUCAGUUCAGUUCCAGCUCAGAUCUUAACGUCCGCCGAAGAAUCCACACAGUGGAGGAGCCCUAUAAAUGCUUUGAGUCUGGAAAGACCUUACAUAACAGCAGAAAUCUUAAGGUACAUGAAAGGAUUCACAGAGGGGAGAAGCCCUAUGAAUGCUUAGAGUGUGGGAAGAGAUACCGUUGCUCUAUCAGCCUUAAAUCGCAUCAGAGAGUCCACACAGGGGAGGAACCAUAUAAAUGUUCUGUGUGUGGAAAGUCUUUAGUCAACAGCAAAACCCUUCAGAUGCAUGAACGGCUUCACACCGGAGAGAAGCUCUAUAAAUGUUUGGAGUGUGGGAAGCGUUUCAAUUGGAGUGGAAAUCUUAAAUCUCAUCAAAGAAUCCACACCGGGGAGACGCCCUAUCAGUGUGUUGAGUGCGGGAUGAGCUUCCGAGAAAGCAGAGCCCUUAAAAUCCAUGAACGGAUUCACACGGAGGAGGAGCCUUAUAAGUGCGCUGAGUGCGGAAAGACUUUACGUAACAGCAGGAAUCUGAAGCUGCAUGAAAGGAUCCACACGGGCGAGAAGCCCUACAAAUGCUUGGAGUGCGGGAAGAGUUUCCAUUGGAGCUCACACCUUAAAGCCCAUCAAAUAGCCCACACAGGGGAGAAGCCCUAUAAAUGCUUAGAGUGCGGAAAGAGCUUCGCCAUCAGCACGCACCUUAAAACACACGAAAGAACUCACACAGGCGAGAAGCCAUAUCAGUGCUUAGAGUGUGGGAAGCGUUUCAGUCGGAACUCGGACCUUAAAGCUCAUCAAAGAAUCCACACCGGGGAGAACUUGGCAAGAGCUCCAUGGAAUUGUUCCUCCUCUUCGCCAUUGCAACCAGGUUCUUCUCCUCCCUUUCAUUCUGCCCGUGACAAUGGAAAUGGUCUGAAGCUGGAGAAAUAGGUGCCACUGUCUUUUUGCUAACUGGCUUUCUGCUUGCCAAGUACACAAGUAGUAAUUAUGAUGAGAAAAUGGAUGGGGGCAUUGUCAGCUGGUGAGAAGGU